GAUGCUCGCCGCAGAGUUUUCAUUUUCAUGGCUCAGACUGGGAGUGCCCCGAAACGCCUUGCAGUUCUGUUAUCCGGCAGCGGCAGUACCCUCCAAAAUCUCAUAGACCGAAUUAAGAGUGGCGGUCUUCGGGGUGCUGAGAUCGGUGUGGUAUUAUCAUCACGUAUCGAUGCGGGAGGUCUACAGAGAGCUAAAAAUCACGGCAUACCAACAGUUGUGGUGGAUAGGAAGACUACACCUGAUUGGGAGGCAAUGUCCCGGGCGGUGACAGAGGCUCUGAUGCCGUUCAAACCGGACAUACUCAUUCUGGCUGGCUUCAUGUGCUUAUAUCAUCUGCCCCCAGAGUGGAGGGAGGGCAAAUGCUUGAACAUACACCCAUCGCUCAUACCAGCGUUCAGUGGCGAGGGUAUGUAUGGUAAUCUCGUCCACCAAGCGGUGGUUAAGCGCGGCGUUAAAGUCACUGGAUGCACAGUUCAUUUCGUCACCAAUGAAUACGAUGCUGGUCCUAUCAUACUGCAGAAGGUCUGCGAAAUUUCAUCUGGGGAUAGCUGGGAGGCCGUUCGCGAUAAGGUGGCUGUUGCGGAACGAGAAGCAUACCCCGCGGCGAUCCAACUCCUCGUUGAUGGACGUCUGAGAGUUGAAGACGGCAUCGUUGAGAUUAUUGAGGCCCCAUAG